AUGUCUGGACAGUUUUCUUUUGGAUUUUCUGGUGAUGAUAUAGAGGAUGACGGAGAGUCAAACUCUGCAGGCCCACAGGUCAGCGCAUCUGCGCAGCCGCAGGCGUCGGCUAGCGCAUUUCCCGUGCCAGGAAAACCUUUACUCCCUCCCACCAGUCAUGACUUACACCAGAUGCUUUCUCAGCUACCGUCAAAAAUUGCUUAUGGCAUCUUGGAUAUCGAUCUAGACGGUGCUGGGAAUAUUCAGCUCCCGCGCCGAGAGCUAUGGGAUGUCCGAGUCCAGCUUAUGGCCGAAGAUAACGGAGGUGAUACCGAGCCCGGACUGGGCAAUCAUGAUGUGAAGACCGGAGUCUACGAAGGUGGAUUUAAAUCCUGGGAGAGCAGUGUGGAUCUCGUCAAGGUCCUCUCGCUGUCAAAAUCCUUCCUUUCUGACAUGGACACGGUCCCGAGGCUGAUCGAGCUCGGUUGCGGCACGGCUCUCCCCUCAUUGGCGCUCUUCCAAUGGAGCCUUAGUCUUCGAGCUCCCGAGAAGAACUCUGCUUUCUCCAUAGUCUUGGCCGACUAUAAUCCAACUGUCCUACAGCUCGUAACACUGCCGAACUUUGUCUUAAGCUGGGCUCUUCAUCAACGAGCAGAUUCGCCCCUGCUAGAAAAUUCAUUCUCAUCAGAAGGGGAGCUAGAACUGACACCAGAAGUUCUCAAAGCCUUCGAUGAAUUCCUUACGGCCCGCAACAUCUCUCUUUCUUUCUUUUCCGGCGCCUGGUCUACCGAGUUUAUUGAUCUCUUGAACUCCGAUAAAACUUCCAAAAUAGGGGACAAAUCCGGUCAGCGAACAAUUAUACUUGGCGCAGAGACCAUUUAUUCCCCUUUUGCUCUCAGUGCAUUUACGCAGACUAUAUUCUCUUUACUCAAAGAGGAGAAGGCGCAGGGUAAUACCGCCGAAGCACUAGUUGGUGCCAAGAAGCUUUACUUCGGUGUGGGCGGCUCGUUAGACGACUUCGUCACCAAGACCCGAGAGAUGGGUGUCAACGUUGAAGAGCUCCGAGAAGAGACGGAAGGCGUCCGUCGCGGUGUUGUUCGUUGUAGCCUUCCCUAA